AUGCCACCAACUCUGACUUCGCCGUUCUUUCGUCCAAAUGGCCAAACGGCCAAAAGACCUUCUCCGUUAUCUACAGUGCCAAAUAAACCGGCCCCAAAACGAAAUGGGAGUAUUUUGAAUUUUUUUAAAAAGUCGGACGCGCCACCUAAAUCUACGCAGCCCCGAAUCACAGAGUACGGAAUCAGGAGCAGGGGAAACUCCCAACAGCGUCCACGUCUCGAAUUAACUAAUGACUCUACAUCCGGGUUGUUUUUCGAAGAUGCGGUCUCAAACAACUCAGGUGUAGAAGAGCAAACGAAGUAUUCGUCCUUCUCCGAAGACCAGCUUGAAGUACCGGAUACUUUUUGGCACCUACUACCUAACGACACCGAAAACACCUAUCGCGAGGAGGACAGGUAUAACGAGAGCCCUAGUGCGGUGAAAAGGCGUAGAACAAGCCACGGGAUUACAGAAACCGAUUCUACAGGGGCUGAUAGCACGAUUCCUGCUGCUGUUAGCGAUAAUACAUCCGGCCUGCUAUCACCACGAACUACACCUGGAAUAGGGGGUGUGAAACUAUCACCCGUUACCCGCGCAAACCUCCAUGGUCCAUUUCUAGAUGAAUCUGAUAGUGAAGAUGACAGAGAUUCGUCCUUAAUUACUGAUACACGAGAGUCAACCCGACAAGGAACUCUACUCAAGGGUCAAGAUCUUACCUCACCCUGUACCCCACAGCUUGCGGCAUGUUCCGUUCCUGCCACAGAAUUGUUAGGUGAGGAGGAUUCUAACGGGUUUAGUUUUCAAGCAGACAAUGAUUUAGAGAGAGGAGGAAAAGCAAUUGAUUCAAGCCACAGUGCUUCAAACAAACAGAAAUUAUACCCAGUAGCCGUCGAAGAUGUGGGCGGUGAAUUGAGUAAGGCUUUUUCUGACGAAGCGGCAGUAUGCCCAAUAUGCCAAACCAGUCUGGGCGGCCUGUCUGAUUCUGAAGCAUCUCUGCAUGUGAAUAACUGUCUGGACGGGAAUCCUAAUUCGGCCAUUGCUGCAGCAAAGGAUAAUCAGUUUAGUCAACAACCUCCACACAUAUUAUCAAGCAUGAAACGGAAAACAGCCCCUCGACCUGGGCAAAAGAAUCCAUUUUCUCUUGAUUCGGCCUCGUUGCCCACAUCUGCAUUCACAAAAAUUAUGUCAGGAAACGAAGAAGACACUGCUUGGAGCGUGGCAUCUGCUCGUGAGGAGGCAUCUAGAGGGAGACAGGCCUAUGAGCGGACCUGCCCAUUUUACAAAAUCCUACCAGGAUUUUCCAUAACCGUAGAUGCUUUUAAAUAUGGUGCUAUCGAGGGAUGCAGUGCCUACUUUCUUAGCCACUAUCACAGCGACCACUAUGGUGGCCUUACAUCGUCCUGGUCACAUGGUCCCAUUUAUUGCAGCAAAAUCACUGCCAAUCUCGUCAAACAACAGAUAAAAGUAAGUCCGGAUAUGGUUUUUGAACUGGAGUUCGAAAAACGAACGGAAAUACCCGGGACCGAUGGAGUGAGUGUCACGAUGAUUACUGCAAACCAUUGUCCUGGCAGUUCUCUUUUUUUAUUCGAGAAAUCCAUCGGAAACGGAAAGGCUGCAAGGGUUCAUCGGAUCCUUCACUGUGGUGACUUCAGAGCAUGUUCAGCUCAUAUAAACCAUCCUCUUCUCCGGCCAGAUAUCAAGGAUCCACAUACUGGCCAGUUAACCCAACAAAAGAUCGAUGUCUGCUACUUGGAUACGACGUAUUUAAACCCUAAAUACGCCUUCCCGUUCCAGCAGGAUGUCAUUGACGCAUGUGCGCAAAUGUGUGCAGGGAUAAACGAAGGUUUUUCUGACACGUUUGGUGCAGGGAAAGGACAAGCGAUGUCAGGGUCUAUGGCUCCAUUCCUUCAGAGAAGCAAGAACUCGGGCCGAACCUCCGCGGAAGGCCAACGUGAUCGCGGCAAACUACUUGUUGUCAUUGGAACAUACAGCAUUGGCAAAGAACGAAUAUGUUUAGGUGUUGCUCGCGCGUUAAACUCGAAGAUAUAUGUUUCGCCAAGUAAGAAACGGGUAUGCACUUGCUUGGAGGAUGACGAGCUCUCUAGCGUCCUUACUACGGACCCCCUGGAGGCCCAAGUCCACAUGCACAGCCUAAUGGACAUGCGCUCAGAGACUCUGUCUGAGUACCUAAAUUCCCUCAAGUCACAUUUUUCCAGGAUCAUUGGCAUCCGGCCCACCGGUUGGAGCUAUCGUCCACGUGGCGGAACAUGGGCUGACAAUCCUACCGUCUCUUCGGUUCUUCACUCGGAGGCUUGGAAGCCUCGCUUCUCCGUCAGCGACCUUGUGCCACAGCGUGGUAGCACCAAAGAGGCUGCAUGCUUUAGUGUACCAUAUAGUGAACAUAGUUCGUUCCGCGAGCUUACGAUGUUCUGUUGCGCAUUGCGGAUAUCGCGUAUCAUUCCUACCGUAAACGUUGGCAACCCAAAGAGCCGUGAGAAGAUGAAAUAUUGGAUCGACAAAUGGGAGGUAGAGAGGAGGAAAAAUGGGCUAUAUAAAAUCGAAGAUGAUGACAUACGGUGGUGA